AUGGAAGACGUGCAGCGCGAGCGGGAGCGGAUGGAACGACGCCACCUCCGCGAGAAAAAAGAGCUGCAGGACCGCAUCCAGAGCAUGAAAAACUCGGUGCCUAAGACCGACAAGAAGAAAAGAAAGCAGUUGCUCCUGGACGUGGACCGCCUUGAGGCCGAAUUGGAGCAGAAGCAUCAGCAGGAGCUGGAGAAGUUUGGAGAGCUUUUCCCUGAUACCAGCAAUCUCGAUUCCGUCACUGCUGGUCUGGCCAAGAUGAAUAUUGAGAAUCAGCCUCCCCGCCUGUCGAAGGCGCAGAAAAGGCGCGAAAGAAGGGCGGCGCAAGAGAGAGAGCGCCAGAAGAUGGCGGCGGAGGCCGAUAUAGAUUACCUGUCUACCCACCGCCGCAAGGAGGAGGAGAAGCUAGCCGUCAUCCUCGCGGCCAAGAAUCUGGAGAUGAAGAACAUCCCAGCUGACAGCCACUGCAUGUACCGCGCUAUCCAAGAUCAGCUGUCCUCCUCUGAGACCGUGGAGAGCCUGCGGGGCCGCACCGCAGACUACAUGCGGCAGCACAUCGAAGACUUCCUGCCUUUCUUCAGCGACCCCGAAACCGGCGAUGCUUACAACGCCGACGACUACUUGAGCUACUGCGACGACAUCGUGCACAACGCGUCGUGGGGAAGCCAGCUCGAGCUGAGGGCCCUGUCGCACGUCCUGCAGUCCCCCAUCGAGGUGGUCCAGACCCAGGCGCCCGUCUUCGUCGUCGGGGAGGAGUACACCAAGAAGCCGCUUACUCUCGUCUACGUGCGCUACAUUUCCAGCUUCGGGGAUCACUACAACUCGGUGAAGCCGCUCCCAGCCGGCGCCGUUGGGGGCGCCGCCCUGCGGCUCUUCUAG